AGGAGGUACUGCUAGAAUACUUUGCUAAGUUUAUGUCUCUAUCCUUUUUUUUAUUCUUUACCUUUAAUGAUAGGGGUUUAUGGUUAAACUCUAUGUAGGGCUCAUAUUUUAAAAGUCCGUAAUACAUACAUAAUUAUAGGUUGUUUUGGUACUUAAGAAAUGAUACCUUUUAUUUAAGCUUAUGCUCUUAGAUUUUGUUUCUCCAAAAAGAUUGUGCUGGAUAUUAGGUUCUGUUGUUGUUGAAUUCUGAAGAUUUUGCUUAUAAAUAAAAUGGAGAUCUUGGACUCAGUCUAAAAUCUUUUAUACUUUAUCUUUUGGUGCUUGUUGGGGGUAGUUAUUUCUUUGAACAUGUUUUGAGUUUAGAAUCAUAACUAUUGUUAAGAUAUUGGUGAAUAUCCCAAGUUGGGGGAGGGGAGCAAGUACAAACCAAAUGUUACAUACUAUGUACAUGGACAUAAUGCAUAGAAAAGGUUCUAGAAGAAUAAGCACUAAAUUCUUUAAUAGUUUCUUUUGGAGAGAGACAGGUUUGAGGAAUUGGUUGAAAAUGAAUUUUCUUUUUAUGUUGCACACAUCUAUUGUUGAAACAUUUUACAAGAUGGUGUACAUUUAUUGCUUUUAUGAUUUUUUUGAAAAGUAUGAGGAGAAUUGUCAUCUAUACUUCAGCUUGUGGGGAGAAAUUAAUUUACUACUUAUCAUUUUUUUUUUAAGUCCCCCCAAAUACCAAGUCUUCUUUUAAGAACAGGCAAUGUAUAUUUUAUGUUUGCUGUUUGUGCAGUAAAUACUUUUUAUAUAGAUGUUAAUUUCCAAAUUAAUGAAGAAGAUUUUUGCUAUAUCAUCAGCUAUGCUUAUAUUUAGGAGUGGUGAUUUUACAUAAAUAUGCACAUAAAACUUUAAAUCUAAUUCAGCAUAUACUGUCAGGCUUUUAUUCCUGCUGACUGUUCACUAGCAAAGUCUAUGAGUUCAUAAUAUUUAAUAAUAAUUACCUAGCCUUCAGCACUCAGUUGUUCCAGGCUCUGAUAACUGCUUUACAUAUACAGAAAUACAUGAGAGAAAAAAGCUGAGGUUUACUUAGCCAAUUAGCAUUACAGUGUAAUGAUAUGUGUUCUCUAGAUGAGUGAGUGUGUGUGUGUCUGCAUGAGAAAGAGAAAAAGAGAGAGAGAUGGGGUGGAGGCAUAUCUUAUUUAACAGAGUAAGGGAAAACUUCUCCUAGUUUUAAACCUUUCUCUUCUCCUUCAUGCUGGUUUUGUUUACUUAUUUAUUGUACAUUUAGCUUUUUUGGUGAGACCGUUUGAACGUGAUGUUAGCUUGCCCUUUUGUUGUUUCCAUUUGACCAUAUUUGCUAGGCCUGACAGAACUAUUUUUCUUUUGAUCCCUCUGUACAUGAAAGAAAGGUAAAUACAAGUGAGUAGAAGCCUUGAUAAGUAAGUGUCUUGUUGCAUUAUUUUGUUCAUUUCUUUUGCAUACACUAUAACUCACUCACACACAUUAAAAAAUUUCUGUUACAGGCAGCAACCAUGGAAAAAGAUACAGAUUUUGUUGAAUUUUAUUAAAAAAUUGUAUAUGCUUUGAUCUUUUCUUACCCUAGUAAAAUAUUUUUUAAAUCAAUUUUGAUAAUCUGCUCUUAGGAGGAAUUGUUGAAGCUAAGAGAGACCUUGACAUCUAUAUUUAUAUGAUAAAAGAAAAUAAAUCUUAAGACAUCUAUAUUUGUAAGAGUUAGUAUGUGUAAAGAUUUUUUUAUAUUUUGGCCCACAGGGUGAAGUGUUAAAAAAAAAAAAAAGUUGUCUGAAGAUACCUGUUUAUGUGACCUUGGGAAAGUGACUUAAAAAUCUCUUUACUGUUCCAUUUUUUUAUCUGUCAGAUAGGGACUUGGCACCUGCUUGGUGUGGUUGGUGUAAGGAUGACAUGGACAGUCAGUCCUGAGCACAGUGUCUGGUUGGCCCUGGAAGCUCUGGCUGCCAUUGCCUCCUCCACUGUGAGCUAAGGCAGUAUUCCUGAAGGAGUCAGGGCCACCAGGGAGCUUUGACUACACCAGACACAUUCUCUUUCCCUUGAGGCUUCUUAUUUAUCAGAACUGCCCACCUCCCAGCCUGGGAAGCACUGAACUCUUACAGUAUGGUAGAUUUAAAUGUAAGACAAAUUUUGAUUGUGUAUAUGUGUGUAGUCUUAUGUUAUUCAAAAUAAUGUUGCUCUUAAAUAUUUUUUAUUAGUUCAGAAGCGAUUUUUUUUUUGAUAGAAAGCUUUUUAUUAACGUAGAAAAAUAUAAAGGUACAAAAUACUAGUUUAGAGUAAUACUGUGACUUCUGCUUUUCAAUAUAUAAUUUUUUAAUUUAUUGUGUUUCAAGUGAAAGUUUACCAUUCAAGUCAGUCUCUCAUACAAAAACUUAUACACACCUUGCUAUGUAACCCUAGCUGUUCUCCCCCUAAUGUGAUAGCAUACUCCUCCUGUUCACUCUGUAUUCCCUGUGUCCAUUCAGCCAGCUCCUGUCCCUCUCUGCCUUCUCAUCUCACCUCUAGACAGGAGCUGCCCACAUAGUCCCAUGUGUCUACUUGAGCCAAGAAACUCACUCCUCACCAGUAUCAUUUUCUGUAUUAUAGUCCAGUCCAAUCCCUGUCUGAAGAGUUGGCUUCAGAAAUUAUUUUAGAGUUGAUUGUAGGGUUCCACAUUGAAAUAGUUUGCUUAUAUAUUUUUAAAAAAUUAAAAAGCUUUCAGAAAAGUUGAAGGAGUAGUACAAUAAACACCCACAUACCCUUUUGCUAGUAAAGGUACAGUUAAGAUUUUGUCACAUUUGAUUUCUCUCUCUCAUGCAUGUAUGCCUCCCUACCGCGAAUCAUUUGUAAGUAUGUCAAAGACUUCAUGGUACUUCAUCUUUAAAUAUUUCAGCAUGCCUUUCCUAAGAGCAUAUUUCAGUGCUAUUGAUACAAUUGGUAUAUAUAUAUGUAUAAAAUACGUAUUCCAUAUUCUGACUUCCCCAGUUGUCUGAAUGAUGUUAUUUAUAGCCUUUUAUGGGUUUUUUUUUUGAUCUAGAAUUUAACUAAAAGUUAUACAUUGUGUUUAGUUGUCACGCCCUUUUAGUCUCUCUUAAUCCAGAGCAAUUCUCCUGCCCCCCCCGCCCCCCUUUUUUUUUGGUCUUUUAUGACACGGACAGUUUUAUAUUAUAGAAUGUCCUACAGUAUGGAUCAGAGUCAGGUUAAAAAUUUUUGGCGUGCUGUAUAGGUGGAGUAGAAACCCUGGUGGGAUAGUGGUUAAGUGCUACGGCUGCUAACCAAAGGGUCAUCAGUUUGAAUCCGCCAGUCGCUCCUUGCAAACUCUGUGGGGCAGUUCUACUCUGUCCUAUAGGGUUGUUAUGCGUCGGAAUCGACUUGACGGCUCUAGGUUUGGUUUUUGGAUAUAGGUGGAAGACUAUAGGUAAUGUAGUAUAGAAUAAUACAUAGGGAAUGUGAUAUGUUUUGCCAUGAUAUACAAUAGUGAGCUUAGAGUGGGCAAUGUAUCUUGGUAAAUACAGUUGAACAAGUAGUAACAGAUGUGUGUGUGAGUGGUUCAGUGGUAGAAUUUCCAUGUGGGAGACCUGGGUUCCAUUCCUGGCCAGUACACCUCAUGCACAGCCAUCACCCAUCUGUCAGUAGAGGCUUGCAUGUUGCUAUGAUGUCUGAUAGGUUUCAUGGCACUUUCAACUAAGACAAACAAGGAAGAGAGGCCUGGCGACCUACUACAAAAGAUCAGCCACUUGAAACCUUAUGUAUCAUAGUAGUCUGAACCACAGCUGAUCAUGGAGAUGGGACAGUACUGGGCAGUGUUUCGUUCCAUUGUGAUGGAGUUGCCAUGAUUCGGGGUGACACAAUGCCAGCUAACAACAGCAGCAAAAGAUGUGUACAUGUCAUGUGAGGAUGGUAUAGGAGCCCACGUUAGUAAUAUACAACCAAAUCUAGAAAAGGGGUCAGGGAAUGCUUUCUGGAGAAAGUGACAUCAGAUUCUUGACAGGGGGAAUAGAAGUUCAGAAGCCUGGAAUUACAAGAGCAUGGUACCAGAAACUGAAAGAAGUUCAGUUUAUCUGCAGGUUUGAGCAUACGUGGAAGAGGAGAUCAGAGAGGGAAGGGCACAUUUGGUGUGAUCACAAUUUAUGUCCAAACUGGGGCACUUUUGAGAGUGAAAGAGAGCACUACUAGUGAUUAUGCUAGGUCAACAGGUAAAUUGGGAUUCUCCCAGGAAAACUGAGAUAGGUCAUACUACUUACAGGCCGUGUUAAGAGUUGGAGUUUUAUCCUAAGGACGCAUGGUUUUUGUGUCCUUGUGAUCAUCUGUAGGUUGGAUUAUAAAGUUCAAGGUUAUGUUUUUCUUGACCUAACCAUUAGGAAAAGAUUUUGAAGAGGCACCAAGUUUCUGUGCCCUUAUGGUUGAAUAGGCUUUGUAGAAUGCCUCAACUUGGGAUCGCUGCUUCUGCUACCACACGGAGGAACCGAACCUGGAUAUGAAAUUUUGAAAAGCUUCUUCGAAUUUCCUCCAAAAAUAUGUUCGGGAACAGAUUCUGUUAGCAGUAGCUGUAAUUGUAAAACGAGGAUCAUUAGAUAAAUCAAUUGACUGCAAAAGCAUUUUUCAUGAAGUCAGCCAGUUGAUAAGUAGUGGCAAUCCCACUGUGCAAACUCUGGCCUGUUCUAUUCUAACCGCACUAUUGAGUGAAUUCUCAAGCUCAAGUAAAACUAGCAACAUUGGACUAAGUAUGGAAUUCCAUGGUAACUGCAAAAGAAUUUUUCAGGAAGAAGACCUUCGUCAAAUCUUCAUGCUAACUGUUGAAGUUCUGCAGGAAUUCAGCAGACGGGAAAACCUCAAUGCUCAGAUGUCUUCAGUAUUUCAGCGUUACCUUGCACUUGCUAAUCAAGUCUUGAGCUGGAACUUUCUUCCUCCAAAUUUGGGCAGACAUUAUAUAGCUAUGUUUGAAUCCUCACAAAAUGUGAUGCUAAAGCCAACAGAGUCCUGGCGGGAGACUCUUCUGGACAGCAGAGUUAUGGAGCUUUUCUUCACAGUACAUCGAAAAAUCAGAGAAGAUUCAGAUAUGGCACAAGAUUCUCUACAGUGCCUUGCCCAGUUAGCUUCUCUUCAUGGACCCAUCUUCCCCGAUGAAGGAUCACAAGUUGAUUACCUAGCUCACUUCAUUGAGGGAUUACUGAAUACCAUCAAUGGAAUUGAAAUAGAAGAUUCUGAAGCUGUGGGAAUUUCCAGCAUUAUCAGCAACUUGAUAACUGUGUUCCCUCGAAAUGUUUUAACUGCCAUUCCAAAUGAACUUUUCUCCUCCUUUGUUAACUGCCUCACACACCUCACUUGUUCUUUUGGGCGAAGUGCUGCAUUGGAAGAAGUGCUCGAUAAAGAUGACAUGGUAUACAUGGAAGCAUAUGAUAAAUUGCUGGAGUCCUGGCUAACUUUGGUCCAAGAUGACAAACAUUUCCAUAAAGGCUUUUUUACACAGCAUGCAGUUCAAGUCUUUAAUUCCUAUAUUCAGUGCCAUCUAGCUGCUCCAGAUGGCACAAGGAAUUUGACUGCCAAUGGUGUGGCCUCUCGUGAGGAAGAAGAAAUAAGUGAACUUCAAGAAGAUGAUCGAGACCAGUUUUCUGACCAACUAGCCAGUGUAGGAAUGCUAGGAAGAAUUGCUGCAGAACACUGUAUACCUCUUCUUACAAGUUUAUUAGAAGAAAGAGUAACAAGGCUCCAUGGUCAGUUACAACGACACCAGCAGCAAUUACUUGCUUCACCUGUUUCAGGCACUGUUGACAACAAAAUGCUUGAUGAUCUGUAUGAAGAUAUCCAUUGGCUUAUUUUAGUUACAGGCUACCUCUUAGCUGAUGAUACUCAGGGAGAGACUCCGCUAAUACCUCCAGAAAUAAUGGAAUAUUCCAUUAAGCAUUCAUCUGAAGUUGACAUUAAUACAACACUUCAAAUUUUGGGAUCUCCAGGAGAAAAGGCUUCUUCCAUCCCAGGGUACAACAGAACAGAUUCUGUGAUUAGGCUGUUAUCUGCCAUUCUAAGGGUUUCAGAAGUUGAAUCUCGGGCAAUAAGAGCAGAUCUAACUCAUCUACUAAGCCCCCAAAUGGGGAAAGAUAUUGUUUGGUUUCUAAAACGCUGGGCAAAGACUUAUCUGCUGGUGGAUGAAAAACUGUAUGAUCAGAUAAGUCUGCCAUUCAGUACGGCAUUUGGAGCAGAUACUGAGGGUUCUCAGUGGAUUAUUGGCUACCUCUUACAAAAAGUCAUCAGUAACCUCUCCGUGUGGAGUAGUGAGCAGGACCUUGCAAGUGACACUGUACAGUUACUUGUGACUUUGGUGGAAAGAAGAGAAAGGGCAAACUUAGUAAUUCAGUGUGAAAACUGGUGGAAUUUAGCUAAGCAGUUUGCAAGACGAAGCCCACCUCUUAAUUUCUUGUCAAGUCCUGUGCAGAGGACACUGAUGAAGGCUCUAGUUUUAGGAGGUUUUGCCCAUAUGGACACAGAAACCAAACAACAGUAUUGGACAGAGGUUCUUCAACCACUUCAGCAGCGAUUCUUAAGAGUGAUAAAUCAAGACAACUUUCAGCAGAUGUGUCAGCAAGAGGAAGUCAAGCAAGAAAUCACUGCUACGUUGGAGGCACUUUGUGGCAUUGCUGAGGCUACCCAGAUUGACAAUGUAGCAAUCCUUUUUAAUUUUCUAAUGGACUUCCUUACCAAUUGCAUUGGAUUGAUGGAAGUUUAUAAAAAUACCCCAGAGACUGUAAAUCUCAUAAUAGAAGUUUUUGUUGAAGUUGCACAUAAACAAAUAUGCUAUCUUGGAGAGUCCAAAGCUAUGAAUUUAUAUGAAGCCUGCCUUACUCUGUUGCAAGUAUACUCUAAGAAUAAUUUAGGGCGGCAGAGAAUAGAUGUUACAGCAGAAGAAGAACAAUACCAAGACCUGCUUCUCAUUAUGGAACUUCUUACUAAUCUUCUAUCAAAAGAAUUCAUAGAUUUCAGUGAUACAGAUGAAGUGUUUAGAGGACAUGAACCAGGUCAAGCAGCAAACAGAUCUGUAUCAGCAGCUGAUGUCGUUUUAUAUGGAGUCAACCUAAUUCUGCCCUUGAUGUCACAAGAUCUUUUGAAGUUUCCAACCCUUUGUAAUCAGUACUACAAAUUAAUCACAUUUAUCUGUGAGAUAUUUCCUGAAAAAAUACCACAACUUCCUGAAGACCUGUUUAAAAGUCUGAUGUACUCCCUAGAACUAGGAAUGACAUCAAUGAGUUCGGAGGUUUGCCAGCUCUGCCUGGAGGCCUUGACGCCAUUAGCUGAACAGUGUGCAAAAGCACAAGAAACAGAUUCACCACUUUUUCUAGCAACACGGCACUUUCUUAAGCUGGUUUUUGAUAUGCUGGUUUUGCAAAAGCACAAUACUGAGAUGACAACUGCAGCGGGUGAAGCGUUCUACACACUAGUGUGCUUGCAUCAGGCUGAAUAUUCUGAAUUGGUUGAAACAUUACUGUCAAGUCAACAAGACCCAGUUAUUUACCAGAGAUUAGCCGAUGCCUUCAACAAGCUCACUGCAAGCAGCACUCCCCCUACGCUGGAUCGGAAGCAGAAGAUGGCCUUCUUAAAGAGUUUAGAAGAAUUUAUGGCAAAUGUUGGUGGCCUCCUUUGUGUAAAAUAAAUAACAAAACUUUAUGCUUCAAUUAGACCCUUUCUGCAAAGUGCACUGAAUUGCUGAAAGUUGACUUGAGUCUUGUUCCUGUUCCUCAGUUCUUUGACCAUUUUCGAUUUUGGAGAGCCUGAAAGUUUGAUACGUGAUACAGUGAAACAGGAGAGGUCAACUUUGAAUCAGCUUCUGCUGUUAGAUGUUAGCCACAAUCUGUCUUGUAUGUGUUGUAGAUUUUGAACGGUGAUUUAAAAUUUUCAAAAUGAAAUUCCAUAUAUGUGCAAACAGGUAUGGGCACCACAAAAUACAUAUUCAGUGCCUUUUCCCCUUUUAUCAAAACAUAAGUGGCUAGCCAAAGUUUAGAAGUUUUGUUUUAAACAUUAGAUGGAUACAUGCUAAGCCAGUGUUUCUCAGAAUGUUGUCCAUGGAUCACCUGCAUUACUUGAGGAGCUGGUGGGAAAGGUAGAUUCUUGGGCCCAAGCCUAGACCUUCAGAGUCAGAAUUUCUGGUUGUUAGACUUCGGAAUCUUCAUUUUAAUAAGCCCCCUAUCACCCCCAAAAUUUUGAAGAUCGAUGCAAAAGACAGUGAAUACUCUUAAGAGGUUUUUUGCUUUCAAACUUUUUUCCUCCCUUUGGUGAUUAAGUUUGUGAUUAAGCAGAAAGAAAAAACAGCACCAGUUGUUUGUGGGCUUCUUUUUAGUGCGUGCAUGUGCGCUCAGUGUCUUUAUAACAUCAACGUGGUGUCGCGGGGUUUAUGUAAUACAGGUUUCUGUGUCAUACUCUCAUGCCUGAACUUGAGGAAGUUGUAUGUAUAUCUUUGGUCCGUAAAGAGAACUUUAGGAACCGUAGCCAUUUCAUUGCCUUAAUUUCAAAGACGAAAAUACAGAAACAAAGAUUUGUUUUAAUAAGAAAUCAAGUCUUGAUGCUUCGGAGUUAGUUUAGGGUGUUAGCUGCUAUGAACCUUUUGAUCGUGAAGUAUUUAUGUGGGUUAAUGAGUGAAAUGAAAGGCUAAUUCAUGUUUAAUCUAAUUUUGAGUGUGUUUCUAUCCAGCCACAUAGCCCCUGGCUAAUAAUCUCUGAAUGGCUUGCUUAAGCAAUAAUUAUUUUAAAGGAUGUAAAUUACUGAUUAAUACAGACUAUUGCACAUUGGGGCAAUAGGGAUAAUAAUUAUGCUGGAGUGGGUGUUAUAGGCAAUCCACAGGAGCUACACAGAUUUUACUUAAGAGAUUAAAAAGUUCAUUUUAGAUCCUCUAGUUUGGCUUUUUCUAAUCAGGAUUUUUGUACUGCUGUCAUGCUCCCAUUAAUUCUGUGUUCCAGCUUCAAUUAUGAAAAUGAAGGUUCAUUUUAUAAACUGCAGGCAUAUGAAACUCUGCAAUACCAGAAUCACACCACAGUGACAGAAGGCUCUGUGGUACAGGUGUGCUUUGGUUUGGAGAAGUGGGUUUUCUCUUUCUGCUAUGUUCUUGACACCUAUAUGCAAAACCAUUCUUUGAAUAUAUUUUUAUAUCUGAAUUGCAUAUAGCAUAUACAUCUUCACAUGGGAUGCUGUGCAAAACUUUGUAUAACUCUGCUAUUUCAAAGCAGUUAUGGUUAACAAAACUGGAGCAUCUAAAUUAUAUCCAACCUGUGCAUGUGACAUUAGAUGUGAGUGACUGCAAGGCAUAGGGCCAUAACUUUUGAAGAAUAUUUUUCUGUUAGUUUAAUCACAGUCGAGUAACAAUUGAGGUAGAGCAAAAAGGUCUUACCAGACUGCUAGGGAGAAGAAACUAGUAUCACACUUCAUGAAGUAUAUAUAUAUAUAUAUAUAUAUAUAUAUAUAUAUAUAUAUAUAUAUAUAUAUAUAUAUAUAUAUUGUAUUUUAAAAAAUACCUUGAACCUGCAUUUAUUUUUAGAUUUCUUCUUUGUUGUUUUGUUUUGUUUUCUUUUAAAGAACUUGAAGUCAUAUGUAGCAGUGAUCACUUUGUUUUGAUUGUUCUUGGUAUUUGCUUCCCAGCUCCCUCAGGCUUUCUCCAUAGCUGUGAGUCACAUGUAUCCAUGUGUGUGUGAUAGAGGCCCUUUGCCAAAGGGUACUGAGAUAGGCAGCUGGCUGGGUAGGUCUACUGGCCAUGACACUAUAAUCAAGUUACUAGUAAACAUAAAGAUGAGUAGGAAGGGAAGGCUCAGUAAAUAAGCAGGCAUCUGUGUUUAAUAAUUUUUAUCCAGAUGGAAAUUUAUUUGCUAAAUUUGCCCAGACGCUAUUACAGAAGUGCAAUUUUAUUAAACCAGUUUUAAUUAAAACACUUCAGAUUGGACCAAAUAAUACUUAAGAGAUUACCAGAAUGUUGAUUAGUGGGAAACUGGGGCAGUUGGGGGGGAAUGCCACCACUUUUUUUGGUAAUGGGGAUGCCACUUAAUUGCAAUGGCUAGGCUAUUUUCAGGGUGUUUGUGUAUAUGCUUGCCUGAUUGGAUAUUUGUUUAGUUUGGGUCUUGUUUUAUUUUGUUCAGUUUUAUCUUUUGUUAUUAUUAGCUGUUUAGAGUCCUCCCCCCGCCCUUUUUAAAUGCUGUUGGCCCAGUGGUUGUCAAGAACACUGGCUUGAUUCUAGUAAAUUGAUUUUACUAUUAAAACUAUUAAACUGUCAAAAUAUUUUUAAAGACAACAUUAUUUGUGCCCUAUUUGAUUUUUAGAUUUUUGUGUUUUAUAAAAGUUUUGCUAUUUGUAUAGCGCCUUUUAACCUCUGGUUUUCAACUCAUCCUUUGAAUUAGUUCUCAUUUUCCUUGGCGUAUUUGUUUCCCAAGGCAUAAUCUCUGAGGGAUCCCAAGGCACAAUCACUAAGGACAUUGUAGUUUUAUAAUUUAUAUUCAUGUAAUAGCAACAUGCAACUAUGGUAUUAUAGCUCUAUUAAAAAAUGUUGGUUUGCUGUCAUGGUCCUUCUGCUGGCUGGAUGGCUACCUCGCUAACUAAACUCCUUGACAGUAUAUUUGACAGUGUCCUUUUCAACAGUUCAUCAGAUCUUUCUCCUUUGCUGUAUCUUAAAGACAGUAGCAUGUUAACAUCACUGCAUUGAGUUUUUGUCUGGUAUAAAGUGUGAUAUUUUAUGUAAAAAAAAAAAAAAAGAAAAAAAAACAUUGCAAUAUUUUUCUAACUAAUGGUAAGACUUCAAUCAUAUUUCAUUAAAAACCAUGUAUCUAUAGUAUAUUAUUCUGUUCAGAUUAGGUAGUUACUACCUUUUUUUCAUGUCAAAAUCAAAUAUCUAUAUGACCUCCCCACAUUCAGCAUUAUUUAACACACCCGUUACUUUCUUUAACUUUGUCAUUUACCUAAAACGUCAAGUCUUUACAUUUCUACUAUCUGUACUAUCAAGUAUUAAAGGAAACUAGCAGUAAAUGUUAAAGGUUUCAGGUUUGAGUAUCCUAGUAUAUGGUGUCAUUUAACCUUUAAAGUACUAUCUUCCUUUGCAGCAGUUUACCUGUGUUUAGCUUGUCACUUGUGUCAUUUGAGGUGGUUGUCAUUAGACAUUACUAAGUUGUCUCUGAUGGGUGGUUAUCAUUACUGGUUCAUGAGUAAAAUAUUAACUUCUCCAGUCAGAAGGAACCUCAGUACUUCUUAGGGUUUCUUUAAGCCAGAGAAUAAGGAACUGAUUUGGGUAUGGGUUAUUAACAUUAUAAUUUUUUAUGUGAAUUCUCCUACCAACUACGUAGCUGAUUUGAGGAUAUAAUGUUUUAAAUGAUUUUUAAAUGUAAGUAGAUAUUCUUUGACUUGGUAACUGUGUUCUGAAAACACUGCAUUUAAAAUUGUCUUAAACAUUGAUUUUCUAAAAUUUAAAACUGUACAAAUUGGGCAUACUUUUGAGAUUGAGUUGAUUAAAAGUACUAUGGUUAAAGUUGAACUUUAAACAUUUUAAUUUAAAUGUAAGAAAUGUGAAAUACGCCUGAUUGAUUAUAAUGGGAACCCAUGACUUAUUUAGCCAAAGAAUAUAUUUGGUUCAGGUAAAGAUACAAGCUUAAUAAUGGGCAUUCAUUCUGUUUUAAAGAGGAUGGAUGUAGGAUUCUUUUUCUGGCCUCUAGGUCUCCAUGUGUAAGUCUUUGUAAAGACUGAAAUAUUCCAAACUGGCUGUGUAGAAUUGGGAGACGUGGCUUGCGAGUUAAGACUCAUGGGGCUCACAGCAUAAACCAUGUGACCACUCAUCCACUGUGGUUUGUUCUUCCCUUAUUCUAAGGCGUUCCCAGAGAAGUAGAGGGGUUUUGUUUUCCCUUUUUCAGUCUGCAUCCUUGGCCCUCUCAGCUAUUAGAAGCUGUCAUGUACUAAUAGCCCAUUUUCUUAGUGGGAAAUUAAAUACUGCAUCUGCACUAUCUGCUAAAUGGGGAUCUGGCCUAAGGUAUGUUCUUGGUGUAGGCUUCCUGGUGUGGUGUCUUUUACCACGUGAAAUUAUGACAAAUUCCAAAUAUUGGUAUUGUGAUUUGGCUCUCUGUACAAAGAAGCUCCAUGCAACGGGUUUGUGGUUUAAUGGUCACAAGAUGUUAGCACUGCUACUAUUCAGCAUGUGUAAGAUUUUUUAAAUUUAUAAAUAUAAUUAAAAUUUUUAACUUACACGAAGACUUUUCAGUUUUUUAAAGAGACCCAGGGAUGAGUAUAUUGUUAAAAUAUUUACCUCUACUGAACAUAACUAUGAAGGUAUAAAGUUGCAUUUGAUUUUUCAAAAGAUGCUGCAAUAUGAUUUUAAGAAGUAAAUCAAGGCUAUGUAUUGAACUAGUAACAAGCUGAAUAUCAAAUUUAUAAAAUUUUAUUUGUAUUUUUAAAAUCCAUAAAUGGGAGUUAAAAUAUGUCUUUUCACUAAAUAUUUUUAUUACAUUUUUGUUUUGACCAUGUGUGAUUUGUUCAUGGGUAUUUAGCUAGAUUCUUUUAUGAAACUUGUUGAAAUGGUGCUAGUUUGUUUACCAUCAUAGGAUGAUUGACACAGGCGACCUUACACAGUCAUAAAAAAACAGGAAAUAUUGUAUAGCUAAACUUGCAUUACCUUGUAGGGGAAGCCCCAACCCUAAUAGAAUACCCAGUUCUCAGAAAGAAAAUAAAAAUUUUGUUUAUAUUCUGUAA